AGUCUCUUCAUUCUAUCAACUGAAAUUUGCUUUCUUAUAAAUUAUAUUUUCUUUCUCCUCAUUAAUGUUUGAAGUAGAACAUCAUGGCUUGUAUAGAUCAAGAACAACAACCAAUUUUUAAGCAUUAUUGUAGGGUUUGCAAGAAAGGUUUUGUAUGUGGGAGAGCUCUAGGUGGACAUAUGAGAGCUCAUGGUAUUGGAGAUGAAGGUACAAAUAUAGAUGACGAUGAUCCAGCUAGUGAUUGGGAAGAUAAGUUUGGAGGGAGUGUCAAGGGAGGUAAUAAAAGGAUGUAUCAAUUAAGAACGAACCCUAAUCGACAAAAGAGCAAUAGAGUUUGUGAGAAUUGUGGGAAAGAAUUCUCAUCCUGGAAAUCUUUUCUUGAACAUGGAAAAUGUAGCUCAGAAGACGCAGAAUCCCUAGUAUCAUCUCCUGGUUCAGAGGGCGAGGACUACAUUAAUAAUGGUGGAAGAAAAGGUUAUGGAUGGUCUAAAAGAAAGAGGUCUUUGAGAACAAAAAUUGGAACUAUUAGUACUUCAACUUAUCCAUCAAGCGAGGACGAAGACCUUCUCCUCGCAAAAUGCCUUAUAGAUUUAGCCAACGCGAGGGUUGACACAUCGUUGGUUGAGCCAGAGGAGUCGUGUGCCUCGGCUAGCAAGGAGGAGGAGCGGGCCAGGAACCCGAUGAACUACCUAACCCCACUAGUGAGUACUCGUGUACCGUUUGACAACAAGGCUAAAGGGGUUUCUAAUAAAGGAUUGUUUGAAUGCAAAGCUUGCAAGAAAGUCUUCAACUCCCACCAAGCUUUAGGUGGACAUAGGGCAAGUCACAAGAAGGUUAAAGGGUGUUAUGCAGCCAAGCAAGAUCAACUAGAUGAUAGCUUAAUUGAUGAUCAAGACAUGAAUAUCACACAAGAUGAAUUCACUUUGCAAGGUCCAAAAUCCAUGAGGAAAUCAAAAAUCCAUGAAUGCUCAAUAUGCCAUAGAGUUUUCUCUACGGGGCAAGCUUUAGGUGGGCACAAAAGGUGUCAUUGGAUCACUUCCAAUUCCCCUGACUCGACGUCAAAAUUUAAUUUCCACGGUCAUCUGGAGCAAAUUAAUCUAAGAUCAAACUUGCGAAAAUCAGGUGAUGCAUUAGAUCUCAACGUUCCAAUAUCACAUGACGACAUGUCGCGUAUUAGGCGAGACCCUAUGAAUCCAUUGAGCUUUGAGGUCUCAACAGAAAUACACUUGCAUCCAUGGAGUAGUAACCCUCAUGAAGCAAACAGUGACAACUACUACCUUGAUGAAACCAUAAACAAUAAUAAUGGAAACAAUGGUAACAACAACAACAUCAAUGGUACAAUACAAAGUGUAGAAGAUGAUGAAGCAGACAGUAAAUUGAAGUUAGCUAAGCUAAGUGAAUUAAAGGAUAUGAAUAAAAAUUCUGAAAAUCCCUCUCACUGGUUACAAGUUGGGAUUGGUCCAACUACACAAGUUGGGACUGACCCAUAAAUUAUAUACACCUCUAAGUUUUUCUGCUUUUAAUUUUUUUAUUUUCUCCUUCAUCAACUGAGUAUAUAUCUAUAUGCAAAAAUUGUAAUUACAAAUUCACCAUAACAGAUGAUACAUGGUGACACACAAACUGUAAUUGGUACUCUCUUUUUUUGUCAUUUUCUUUGUAAGGAACCAUAGAUACAGAAUCUUGUAAUUGUUUUAUACACUUUGCAUCUCUCAAGUUGUAAUUUUCCCAGUGCAAUACACUUACAUGCACUCUCCAGAUUUUUUCUAAGUUUUAAAUGUGAA